ACUCAAACAUUCUCCAGUAUUUGCUGCAGGCAGUGGACGCAUCAGCUGCAUAGUUGGCGGCACCGGUCACAGUGUAGGCGAUCAGCCAGGACCUGCUUCCAUUUUUCCUGACUUUUGAGUAAAGGGGCCUAAGCCGGGAAAAGUAGGAUGGGGGCUGGAGCGAGCGCCGAGGAGAAACGCUCCAGGGAGCUGGAGAAGAAGCUGAAGGAGGAUGCCGACAAGGAUGCAAGAACUGUCAAGCUGCUGCUGCUAGGUGCUGGAGAGUCAGGCAAAAGUACAAUUGUCAAACAGAUGAAAAUUAUCCACAAAGAUGGUUACUCACUUGAAGAAUGCUUGGAGUUCAUUGUCAUCAUCUACAGCAACACUCUGCAGUCCAUCAUGGCCAUUGUGAAAGCCAUGACCACACUGAAUAUUAACUACGGCCACUCUGAUCAGGCGGAUGAUGCAAGGAAACUCAUGCAUCUUGCAGACACCAUUGAGGAGGGUACCAUGCCUAAAGAACUGUCAGACAUCAUUUUGCGUCUGUGGAAGGACUCUGGCAUUCAGGCGUGCUUCGACAGGGCCUCAGAAUACCAGCUCAAUGACUCUGCUGGAUACUACCUGAAUGACUUGGAGCGACUGAUUCAGCCAGGCUAUGUGCCCACUGAGCAGGAUGUGCUGCGAUCAAGAGUGAAGACCACCGGUAUCAUCGAGACCCAGUUUUCCUUCAAAGAUCUCAAUUUCAGAAUGUUUGAUGUGGGUGGACAAAGGUCAGAGAGAAAGAAAUGGAUUCAUUGUUUCGAAGGUGUGACCUGUAUCAUCUUCAUUGCUGCUUUGAGCGCCUACGACAUGGUGCUGGUGGAGGAUGAUGAAGUGAAUCGAAUGCAUGAGAGUCUGCACUUGUUCAACAGUAUCUGCAACCACCGUUACUUUGCCACCACUUCCAUUGUACUUUUCCUGAACAAGAAAGAUGUGUUCGUUGAGAAGAUCAAGAAAGCUCAUCUCAGCAUGUGCUUCCCUGAAUAUGAUGGCCCCAAUACUUAUGAGGAUGCUGGUAACUACAUCAAAAUGCAGUUCUUGGACCUGAACAUGCGCAGAGAUGUCAAAGAAAUCUACUCUCACAUGACCUGUGCCACAGACACAGAGAACGUCAAAUUUGUGUUUGACGCCGUAACCGACAUCAUCAUCAAAGAAAACCUGAAAGACUGCGGUCUUUUCUAAAAGACGAGCUAAGAUAGCAAAUAAAGGUUGCUGUUGUAGCCAUGUCAGAUCCCUCCUCAGUUUCAACUGUGACAUCUGCUGUGGAUCCAAGAUGAGAAACUGUCACUUCAAUCAGCUGUUCUCAAACUGAAAAUAAUUGAUUUUUUUUUGGUACAAAACUGAGUUGUAGCUUUGACCAAAGACUUCUGGCCACCUGAGACCAGAGGAAAGCACUCACAUCAGAAAAUCCUGUGCAGAUUUCAGAUGAGUUGAAUAUUAGUCAAGCUAACUUCUGUCCUGAACUAUACUUUGGAGGGCUACGCAAUCUGUAGUUAAAACAUCUUAAGCUUCUAUCAGCAUUCAAUGAUUUCUUCUAACAGGUACUAAAGUUAAUAGACAUAAGGCUAAAGUAUCAUCUCAGUAAAAGAAAACAAAAUGGCCUCACCACCUGCAAAUGCACUUCAACCUCUGUCAGAAAUAUUAAAGGAAGUUUGUCACUAGAAAUUGCUUUUCUAUACAGAAACAAGUCAACACAUGGUAAUACACACAGGUAAGAAACUCAGUUUAUAAGGAGAGUGUAAUUGUUAGAGGAUUACUUUUUGCAGUAGAUAAAGGGCCCCUGUAUAUAAAUAAAGUGUUUGACUGGAAAGUCCAUGAAGUGCAGUGAUACUGUAUUGGUCUGUAAAAUUGUUAAAAUCUUAGAUGCUAUAUAUUUUAAUUUAUAUACCCUAUAAGUUAUGAAAAACAUUAUUAAACUCCAGGCCUGUGAGCCAACAAUCAUGUACAGAGACAAAUUAAAUGACUGUAAAAGUUGAUUAAAUCUAUUAAAGCUUCUGUAGAAAACUGA